AUGUCGGUCGACCUGCACCGCACAAGCGUUCGCAACCAUCCUCGCUGGAACACACUCGUUCAUCUGCCCGACCAGCAGCAGCAGCAGAAGCAGCCGUCACCGCCGGCGUGCCAGCGACAUGAUCAGCUCAAGAAGCGGUUUGGCAUUGGCAGCCCAAAAGACGACGCUGUUCCUCUCCUCUUGGCUCAGGACGUCAAAGGCAAAUCAAAAGCACCUUCUGAGCCUUGCACUCUGGGCCCGAACUACAACUCGCAAGAACACACGCUGCGCAAUGACUAUUCACAGCACUUUGUCGAUACAGGUGCUGGCCAUCUACCAGCCAAUGCGGUUCGCAACCCUUGGUUGAGCUCUCGCUUUCAAGAGUACCCAAAACUCCGACGGCUUGUCCAGCUAAAGGACUCGCUCGUUACCCGGGUCGCUCAUCCCCCUACCUACCUGCAGGCAGACUUGAGGCCUUCGCUUGAGCCCUUUCGCAAUGCUUCCCGCCCUGCCAACCAGUUCCACUUAGGUUCUCUGAUUCCUGUCAAGUAUGAUGUCGUCUUGAUCGACCCUCCUCUCGAGGCUUACGAGUGGGAAGCCACGCCGACAGCGUCCUCCUCUGCGAUCACCCACAACGCUGUGAGCACCUGGACAUGGAAAGACAUUGCUGCUUUGCCUGUACCGCAGCUUGCCGCAAAAGAAAGCUUCGUGUUUCUGUGGGUGGGCUCGGGCGCUGGAGACGGACUCGAGCGAGGCAGAGAAGUGUUGGCCAAGUGGGGUUACCGGCGAUGUGAGGACAUCGUCUGCAUUCGCACUAAUCAGCCGACGGAGCAGGCAGGUGUCAGCAACCAGCAGCCUUCGACGAGCUCGGCCUUUACACGCUCAAGUCAACACUGCCUCGUGGGCAUUCGAGGCACGGUUCGCAGAUCGACCGACGCUGGCUUCGUGCACUGCAACAUCGAUACCGACGUAAUUCUCUGGCAAGGGCCUGAAGACGAGAUUGCGUUCAAGGGAGAUGCAGGCAGACAGACACGCCAAAACAGGCUGCCAGACCUGAUAAGCAAACCACCAGAGCUUUAUCAGACGAUCGAAAACUUUUGCCUCGGCACUCGUCGUCUCGAGCUGUUUGGCCGCAAUCGAAACUUGCGUCGUGGGUGGCUCACCAUCGGCUUGGAGGUAGGUCCAGAUGCAUCUGGAUGGCCGCAGGAGGGCAAGGUCGCUUUGCCGGCCGCUGGCUUGCCUGUGCUUGCCGAGAGUGGCAUGGAUGAGCUUUUGCAAGCACACCUCGAGCACAUUCAGAUACCAAAACCAUACGACAAGGUCGAAUACGAUGCCAACUUUGGAGUUGACCAGCCUGGAUGCGACUUGCGCGACCGCUGCAACUUGGUUCCCUAUGUCGAAGAAGUGGAUCAGCUUCGGCCAAAGUCGCCACCGCCGAGGGGCGCCAAUGACACCUUCCUUCGCAACGGCAACCCGAGGUAUCGAUCGGAGCUACCGUUCAGCCAAGCGUACCGGCCAAACAGGCAUGGUACUGUCAUGCCAAGCGGUCUGAGCAGCAACCGAGCGCUUCGAAAUAUGCAGUCAUCUUUGCAUGCGGAGCACACGGCAGUUCACGCGUAUAGCCGUGCAGGCGUUGCGGCUCCGUCACCACACACCCUGGGGCCGGAAUAUGGCUUACCUUCGAUGAUCGCAGCGCGAGCCAUUGGAGGAGUUGGCGGCGCUGGGCUGUCGGGUCUCGGUGCUGGAGGUGCGAGGACUGUCAGCGUGCCAAGUGGAAGCGACACAUUGAGUGGUCCGCAAGCCAGCGUGGUCAAAGCCAAAGCCUUGGCCGAAGCAGCAGCAGCAGCAGCUGCUGCUGCUGCUGCUGCGAGCGCUGAAACUUCAACUAACACAGCCGAUACCUCGCCCGGAUGA